ACACAAUGACUCGUCACUUCGCCUUGUGUUACGUUGUUACUGUAUAAGUGUUGCUGCUGGGUGAGAUGUGAUCAUGGCGUCUGCUACAGAUGAACGUCACGUUAAAGUGACUCUCAUUGAAGACUUCAGGCCGAGGCUGCGGCAGCUCAUAGUGGUGGAGCAGCUUCUGGACCAUUUACAUUUCAUCGGAACCGAGCAGAGGGAGCAGGUCCGACAGAAGGCGAGGGCCCAGGGCAACAUCGCAGCUGCGGACCUGCUCAUUGACUUUGUCAUCAGGGGGCCACACACAGAAGGCUGGUUCGGGACGUUUAUAGACGCUUUGCACAACUCAGGUUGUGAAUAUGCAGCGGACUAUAUGGAGGGAAACAUCCCAGAACCUGCUGAGGAGCAAGAGAACGAGCUCUGUGUCCGCCUCAUUCAGAUUCUGGCCCCCAGUCUCGUGGAGAUGAAGACUCAGGAUGUUUGUUUACACUGUUUUUCUAAAGGCCUGCUGACAAAAGAAGAGUCUGAAAUUAUUAAUGCUGAAACAGAGAACAGAGGACCCAGGAGUGGGGCCCGGGAACUUCUGCGCAGCAUUGUGAGAGGUCGACCGGGGUGGUUUUCAAAGUUUCUCAACAUUUUGCGGAUAACUGAGCACCAGUCCCUGUACGAGCUGACUGGAGGGCCUCCUGACUCUGGCAAACAAGAUGAACCCGCUGGAAAUGAAGCUGUCAGUCCAGCAGCUGCUGAAAGCUGUGACAGUCCCAAGUUUAAGGAAACCAGCUUCACUGAAGCUCACCAGGAUGAAGACCUGUACGAAGGAACGAGCAAUGAAUCGGAAAAAAUGCCAAAUAGCCCGGAGCCUUCACAACCAGAUGGAACUGACCCAGAGUCGGCGACCGGAGGCCCAGAAAGCACUGAUAUUGGUCUUCGAGAUUAUCAGAUGGACGUGGCGAGACCUGCCUUGGAGGGGAAAAACAUCAUCAUAUGCCUCCCGACAGGAAGUGGUAAAACCAGAGUCGCAGUUUAUAUUACUAAAAAACAUCUGGACGGCAGGAGGGCAAAGGGCCAGUCUGGGAAAGUAGUCGUCUUAGUGAACAAGGUUCCUCUUGUCGAGCAGCAUUAUACCGCAGAGUUCCUUCCAUUCCUGAAGCCCACGUACAAAGUGGAGAGGGUCAGUGGAGACUGUCAGCUCAAAAUCUCUUUCACAGAGAUUGUAAAGAGAAAUGACAUCAUCAUCUGCACGGCCCAGAUUCUGGAAAACUAUUUGGAGAGGUCUAACAAAGGAGAGGACGAAGGGGUGAACUUAAGUGAUCUGACGCUGAUCGUAAUAGAUGAGUGUCAUCACACGCAGAAGGGAGGCGUCUACAACCAAAUAAUGAUGCGUUACCUGAAGCAAAAGCACAAGAACAGGACACUGCAGAAGGAGCAGAAGGAGACUGUGGCCCUUCCUCAGAUACUGGGCCUGACUGCUUCACCGGGGGUCGGCGGAGCCACGAAAAUACAUAAAGCAGAGGAGCACAUUCUGCGGAUUUGUGCAAACUUGGACGCUUCCAAAAUCAUGACGAGGAGCAUUGGGGACUUUAAAAAGGAACCCAGGAAAGCGACUCUAUCUGUUGAAGACAGAAAAGAGGAUCCCUUUGGUGAUGUAAUAAAGAAAAUCAUGAAUACCAUUCAUAUCCAUGCCCAGCUGAGCCCCAGCUGUGACCUUGGUUCUCAGAAUUAUGAACAAUGGAUUGUUGAUAAAGAGCGGAAAGCUGCAACAGGGGACGACCAUAAAGUACGCGUUUGCGCCGAGCACCUUCGACAGUACAGCGAGGGCCUGAAUCUCAGCAACACCAUUCGCAUGUGUGACGCUCUGAGUUUCCUGAAUGAAUACCACGAGAAGGAACUGAAGAGAAAAACAGCCCCAGACGAGGAGCAGAUCAUUCAUAUUACAGACACUGAAAGAUUCCUCUUCAAUCUGUUUAAAGAGAACAAGGAAGAGCUGCAGAGGCUUGCAGAGAAUCCACAGUAUGAAAAUGACAGCCUGUCAAAGCUGAGGAGUAAAAUUCUACAUGAGUUCAGCAGCAGGGAGGAGGCCCGGGGGAUCAUUUUCACCAAAACACGUCGCAGCGCUAUUGCACUAAGUCAUUGGAUUCAGGAAAACCCCAAGUUUGCUGACAUUGGUGUAAAAGCCUCGUAUGUUAUUGGAGGAGGAGACCAGAGUGUUGUUAAACCAAUGACCCCUGCUGAGCAAAAGGAGGUGUUGAAAAGGUUCCACAAAGGUGACGUCAACUUGCUGGUUGCUACUACAGUAGCAGAGGAAGGUUUGGAUAUACCGGCCUGUAAUUUUGUUAUCCGCUAUGGACAUGUGACCAAUGAGAUCGCUAUGAUUCAGGCUGAAGGCAGAGGGAGAGCUGAGGACAGCAGUUACACUUUGGUCGAGGUGAAGAACUCUGGUGUGGCUGAAAAGGAGUGUGUCAAUGAGUACCGCAAAACCAUGAUGGACAAAGCCAUUGACCUCAUCAAAGCCUUAGAUCAAGGGGACUAUGAAAAACGGGUCCUGGAGUUUCAGAUUCAGGCAAUAAUGGAAAAGAAAGUGAGAAUGAAGAAGAAGAAGCAGAAAGACCUGAAGUCUCAGAAACCGUGUGACGUGAAGUUCAGCUGUAGGAGCUGCAGCAAAUACGUCUGCAGUGGUGAAGACAUCCAGAUCAUCGAAAACAUGCAUAGAGUCAAUGUUACAACAGAGUUUAGUGAACUAUACAUUCAGAGAGAAAACGCUGCUCCGCAAGAGGGACGUCUUGAUUUUGAGGCCAAUUUCUUCAUUGCAUGCAAGGACUGUGGGCAGGAAUGGGGCGUAAUGAUGCUGUACCGUGGAAUCGAGUGCCCCUGCCUCAAUGUGAAAAACUUUGUGGUGACACUCGGUGGGAAGAAGAGGGAAAAAUGCAUCAAGUGGAGUGAGCUUCCCGUCAUGUUUUCUGGCUUUGACUACGCCGAAUAUGCAAGCCGCAUAGCAGAGAGCUCGGAUGAUGAAGUGACACAAUGAACUGUCAACCGUCAUUAUCAAGGGAAAAGUCAUGUCAGACUGUUAAAACACCGUGGCUGGAAACCCUCAAAUGAAGCCACAUGCCACUAACUUUAAUAAUCACAGAUUUCUUUUUAAAAAUGUGUAAAAAAAAUAAAAUAAAAAAAAUAAUGAGAUUGUUGAGUAAAUUGAGUAAAUCAGCUUUGCCAAGGGCUUCAUGUCUAGCAGCAACAACAGUGAUGUUGUCAGUUACUUGUUUAAAACAGGUAGUUUGUGUCGAAACUGCUAAUGCACAAAUGGCAGUUAUAAUGUGGUUUGGUGUUGCGUAUUUUAGGGAGCGGUCUCGGUUUGAUUUUGGGUCUUGCAUUAAAGUUCCUUUAAGGGCUGGAAUUUUACAAAGGUAACAUUUUACUCAUGUGUUUACCUGAAUGUGAGCGUCUGACCUUGCACUAUGAAAUAAAGAACAUUUAAAGGUGAAAUGCUGUAACACAGUGACAUAGACAAGUGGGCAUUGUUGUGAUAGAAUGAACUGGAAAAUGAAUAAACAAAUUUCCUCUCAAA